UUGGCUUAACAACUUUUAACUAGUACUCACGAGAAACCUUUCUAUUUCUUAUUAGACAAGUUUUAAAGUUUGAAUUCGUUUAACAAGACGAUGACGAGUUCCAAGAAAGUAACAGAGACAGCUAGUCAGUUCGCUCGCUCGCUCUCGCUGCGGCUGGCGCGCGACGCCCGGCCCGUGUUGCGACACAGCUUAUUAAUUUUAUAGUAAAUUAACAGACCUCGAACGGAUUUGGAAUAAAUGGGCCGUAUAAUAGUUGUUGUAACUGUUGUAAGGCAUGUCAACUGUUAGUGUCAGUGUCCGCGUGGGACCUACUCUACAGUAUCUGCGAGUAUCGCAGACGUGGUGCGCUGUUGAUUUAAAUGUUUCUUCUUUUAUUUUAUUAUUAACCUGGUAGGCGCACGAGCAUAUGGCCCAUCUGAUGGUGAGCGGUUCCCGUCGUCCAUAGACUUCAGCAAUGCCAGGGGCAGAGCCAAGCCGCUGCCUUCCGAAUGUAUUCUCGAUCUAAUUUUAUUACUGAGUUUUUGGAUUAUAAUUCGAUGUUUUAUACUCUAUGGGUGUAAUAAAAUGGGUUUAUUAAAGCCGAAUUAAGUCUGUGAUGUUUCAUAUAUUAUAGUAUUGACGCGUAUGCCCUGUACGUUAUACUCAAUUAACGUAGAGGAUUUGUGUUCAUCAUAAAUACAUACAUUAUUUUUGUAAUUAUAUUUUCUGAAUAAAAUAACGACUUGAUGAGAGGUUUCGCCCCAGGACGAAUGCACCUAAUAUACCGGAGUUCAGGCUUAACACAUUUCUCGGCACAAGACUUGUCCUACUUCAAGUUGAAUGCACUGUGCCCGACGUCGUCUUGGUUUCGCGGAGUAUUCUGAACAAAGUUAUCGACGCAAUGACUUUGUAAUCAUGUAAUCAAUUUGAAAUUAGUUUUAGCGCUCGGUGGCUCUGUAGCCAGCCGCUAGAAGUCGUGUCGCUGUAUGUGCGAGUCGGUCUGUCUGUUUGUCACAGCUACCUGUCUGCCUGCCCCGUCGAAGCUAUCAAGGGAGGGAACUACAGUUGCUAACACGCUCGCUCGCUGCGGGCCGAGUCCCGGGCGCCUCCGAUAACCCGCAGGGCGCGGGCCUGGGGUCACGCGUUAACGCGACAAACACUUAUCUGGGUUUUUUUCGCAACUGCGCAUUACUUGAACAAAACAAGAGAUGUGUUGCCCUUGGUCGUGUUUAUACCACUCGGUCCGGGAUUCCCAAACGAGACGAUAAUGUAAUCAACCGCCAAGUGUAUAAACUAAUAUUUUGUAUAAAAAAACAGCAUAUCUGCAGACUUGCUGAGAGUGCGGGUCCGGUGGUGAGGGUGGGUCGGCGGGAUGACGGCGGCGCGCGGGCCCUGAAGCAUGUCGCAGCAACCCCACGCGCUCCCCUGGAGCCUCCACUACCAGUACAGGGAGUGCGGCGGGUCGCUGGCGCCGUGCCGGGAGUCGUUCUACGAGCACGCACACACGCACGCGCCCCCGCAUCUGUACCGGACGCACACGCACGCGCCGCCCGACGGACAGACCCAACCUCACGCGUGCAAGAGUGACGGCGAGGAGACCAGGCUGGACUACAGAGAUCAGUACCUACACAGAUGCGGCAUCCCGUUCAGUAAAUGCAAUGAGGACGAGGAGGCGAGGGAGGAGCCGGUCUCCAGCUCCGAGCCCCACCACCGCUGGGACGAGAAGCUAGUAAGCAGCUCGCUGUGUGCGACGCCGCUCGCCGUGUCGAGCCGGACCGACCCCGCCAGCCCGCAGCACGUCACCACUACACAUUCAGGCGGGCGGCGCGGCUCGCUGCAGCUGUGGCAGUUCCUGGUGUCUCUGCUGGCGGAGGGCGCGCGCUGCGUGGCCUGGACCGGCCGCGGGCUCGAGUUCAAGCUGCACGAGCCGGAGGAGGUGGCGCGGCGCUGGGGCGCGCAGAAGAACCGGCCCGCCAUGAACUACGACAAGCUGUCCCGCUCGCUGCGGUACUACUACGAGAAGGGGAUCAUGCAGAAAGUAGCAGGCGAGCGGUACGUGUACAAGUUCGUGUGCGACCCGGAGGCGCUGUUCAGCAUGGCGGGGGGCCGGCUGCCGCCCCCCUACCCGCACCGCUACUACCACCCCCUCGACCAGCUGCCGCACUACGACGUCUAGCCGCGCGGACUCCGGGAGUUGAUUCAGCGAACCAACCGGAGACACGCCCGACAGUGUGCAGCCGGCCUUAAUUACUGAACAUUGAAUUUUAAAUAAUUAGCCAAAUACGUUUAGUGGAUGUAUGUAGUUGUCUCGCGACAUGCUCAGAGCAUAUCAUCGCCGCUAUUAAACGUUCGCGCCCACAUCUAAUGGUAAGUGGUCGCUAAGAACGUGUCGUAUCGCUCGGGACACGCCGCGGAGGGGACGCACGGAGCUGCUACAGACGGUAGAGAUGACAGCAGCUCGGGUGGCGGAAUGCGCUGGUGAGGAGAGGCGACCCUCUGAGCACUCCCCACGGAACACACAGCCAAUCUCUACGCAGACCCGGAGUAUCGAAGCGACGCUGUACUACUGUAAAUACUAUUUGUUUUUGUAAACAUUAAUGAUAUUAGUGUUUGUAACUAGAAGUAAAUGUCUGCGUUGUUUAAUUAAAGUUUAGUGAAAUUUUGCAUUACUCUAAACAAAUUCUUUGAAGUUCAAAUAUAACUCGAUCAAAUUAAAAACGUAAUUUUGUCGAAUUUGAAUGGAGCAACUGUGCGCGUAACAAGGGACUUUUACAUUCGGUCAGGUUAUAAUUUGCUUCAAAAUUCUAUCUUUAAUUUAUCUUUAAUUUCAUUUCCUUCGUCUGAGGGCUGAUAAGGUUUCCGUUACGAACGUUAAAUAAUUUUAAUGUAACUGCGUUAUUCAUUCAAGAAGCCGCCACACCUCACCGACAAACAACAAGCUGCAAAUCAGAAGAAAACCCUCAGUUUUAGUGAAAUAUGAACAAUUUUAUUUCACAAAAUCAAAUCAAAUCCCAUUAUUAUAUGAAGGUGUGGAAGGUUAUUUGGCUUAAGCGAUAUUUUUACGACUUCACAGGAAAGCCAAUUAAAGCUUAAAAUUUGGAAAAUAUAUCGUAACAAGAAAACUUAUUCAACUAUUUCAAUGGAGUAAACUUAAUUGAAAUUUAAUCAAAAACUUCGAACAUUCAAGUCAAACACACUUUGGUCACAGUCUGGUCGACGCGGAGUCAGCUUGUAACUUGCCAUUAUUUAUUUGGGCUCGACGUGACGUCACUGGUGAUGAGGUUAUGUCCCGCUGAGUUUCCCGCGCAAACACCCGCGACCACUGUUGCCAACCCUAUAGUUCAAAUUCUUCUCUUAGUUUUCAGUUUACACCUUGAAAUCUACAGUUUUUUAUGUAAGAUGCUAGCGUCAUCUAUUUUAUUAGUCCGUACACUAAGUCAGCUUCAGUAAAACCUACUACUGUCGAACCAGAGGUAAUGGUUACCAAUACUAAUAUAAGGUACCUUGCACACAAAGUCAGAAUUUAAAAAUUAUUUUUCUUUUAUUUCAAAAAUUCAAUAAAUAUAUGUACCUAUGUACGAUUUCAAGAACAGUAAAGAAGAAACGGUAAAUCAAGAAGACUGACAAAUUCAAAAUGAAAUAGUAGCUCGUAAUGCUAUCCAACACGCCGGCACUGGAAUAAUCGCAACUUUGAGACUUUUGAUUUAGACAUUUAAUUAGAUUAAAACUUUGAUAAUUACCUACACGAUUUUUCUUAUUUUUAAUGCCCUCCCUACAAUAUAUUCUAUUUACUACUACCAUUAAAUUAUACAAACUAUAACAUACAGAUAAAGAUGUAGAUUUACUGUUUUUAUUUUGAUAUUUACAGUUUUCUGCACUUUUUUUGGAGCAUAUGUACAGUUUUACUCUAUGCUGGGGUUGGCAGCCCUGCCUGCGACUGUCUCAAUUAAAUAACUCUCACUACAAGAGCGGGAUGUGAAUUUAACAAAAGUUUAGACUCGCGUAUACUCGUUUUAUUGUUUCUGAUGUUUUUAAAACUAAAUUGUAUUAAUUCAGGUUUCGUGAAAACCGGAGGAUAUGCUCAAGACGUGUAGAGUGUAGAGGUGCGAAUGAUUUGGUUUAAGCACAUUUCGCUUAGCACGCGACCUUUAUCUUUGUAAUUAAAGGUCUUAUUUGGUGUCUACCUAUUAACAUCAACAAUUCGUUGUUUUUAAUUGACCUUCAAUUAUGUUUACACCAUCCAAAUGUUUGACUGAAAAAGUUUUUUGUCAUGAUAUUUUUUCCAAAUUUUUAAAUUUUAAAUGGUUCUUCUGUAAAAUUUCAAAAAUGUAGUUUAAAUCAAACAUCCUUUCACUCCUCGGUAUAAUAACAAUAAAAAACGAGGAAUUAAAACGUAGGUAUAAUAAAGUUUAAUUACAAUGCUAAUCUCCAUCAAAAUUCACCAAUUUUAAAUAUGUAUUUACUUAAAACAAUAUGUUUACAUACACAACUAAUAAACUAAACACAAGAUGGCGGAUCCAGCUGUAACAAUGGAGUCGUUUUUAUUUGUUGUUAAAUAGAUUAUCCGAUGACUUUCGGUUUAAACCAACAAAGGGUCGUUAAAACGUGCACGGUCGCCGGCGAGCGUGGCGCGGUCCACGGGCGCACAGCGACGUCAACCUAAUUUGACUAAAACGUAACAUGAUUCAUCAUUUGAACCAAUGCUUAUUGGCUAUUGAUUUUUUCAGUCCCCGAAGCGAGGGGGAGCGUUGUUAGUCAAAUAGCUGGAGGAUUUUAAACACAAACUGAACGAUAUUACUGACAUCAUAACAGUGGGGUCGCGACACACAGGCCGUCCUACUACAAACAGAUAUUGUGGGCAACAAUAAUACUGUUAGAUUGAUGAGCUCACGAUUGAGCUGGUGGUAGGACCUCUUGUGAGUCCGCGCGGGUAGGUACCACCGCCCUGCCUAUUUCUGCCGUGAAGCAGUAUGCGUUUCGGUUUGAAGGGCGGGGCAGCCGUUGUAACUAUACUGAGACUUUAGAACUUAUAUCUCAAGGUGGGUGGCGCAUUUACGUUGUAGAUGUCUAUGGGCUCCAGUAACCACUUAACACCAGGUGGGCUGUGUCAUCGUGGACCAGGUGUGAGCAGGCUGCCACCCACAGCCGCGUCCCGUGCGCUCCCAGGUCGAAGGGCCGGGCUCCCGCGUCAUGACGGGGUAGCAUCGGUUAACAAUUCAAUUACAUAACAUUGUUUUCGUCUAAAUUGUUCAAUAAUCCCGUAGUUAGCUUUUGUUAGCGAUAUAUUCUAGUCGGUAAUUAGAUUUAUUGUCAUUUGUCAUUAACACGUGCAAUAGUUAGCGAUAAGAUUUGUAAAAUAUAUUAUUAAUUUAAUUAAUAAAUCAUUUCCGUAAGUAAAAAAAUGGUUUUCUUAUCUAACAUUAGAACUGUAUGCUUUUUUUUAUUGCCCUAGCAGGUAGACGAAUAUACGGCCCACCUGAAUUCACCUGAUGGUGAAUGGUUACCGUUGCCCAUGGACUUCAGCAAUGCCAGGGGCAGUGCCAAGCCGCUGCCUACCGCUUAAUACUCUCCACAAGCCUUUUUUGAAGAAGGACAUUUCAUAGCGCUCGGGAAACACUAUGGAGGAGAACUCAUUCCAUAACCGGAUGGUACGUGGCAAAAAAGAUAUCUGGAAACGCACUGUCGAUGAACGCAGCGGUUCCAGGUAAUAUGGAUGAACUCUGCUCCGAUGGCGGGAGGUGCGAUGAUAAAAUGGAGAUGAAGGGAUCAUCUCAAACAAUUCCUCAGAGCCCAUGGGCGACAGUAACCACUCGCCAUCGGGUGGGCUGUAUGUUCAUCUGUCGACAAGGACAAUAAAAAAAUUACAGUCUAAAUCAGGGUACGGGGUUCCGCCGUUACCUCCCCGACGACUCCUCCUCCAUCAUGGCAGGGGGUACGGAGGUGGGGGCAUCACCUGUGCGGACUUAAAGAUGGCAGAUGAAAAGACAGUAGGUCUCUGUGUACACUGCCACAGGCACUACCGGGGGUGUGCGCGGCCGCCACUGGAGACAACACGGGACCCACUGUGGGAGGUCUGCGCAUUCAGCGACGCCAAAUAAAUCGGGAUAUCAAAUUAAACACAUUUACAAAACAAUAAAUCAUUUAUUUUCAUAUAUUUAUAAACAUUUCAUAGCUACAACGUCGACAACACUAUACUUCACAAUUAACAACAGGCAGUGGACCGGGGGACCGGGGGGCGAGGGGGACGCGGCGGGGAGGACCGAUUCUAAAGCCAGCACUUAAAGUAAGAUGACCCUCGCUCAGACAACUGUGCUACACUCAUUAACACGUGAUUAUUUCUACUCAGCACUUCUUUGCCUAUAUUACCCCCUUUAAAGACAACAAAGGGUCUCCGCUGCGGUCCCCCCGCGGUCCCCCGGGGGCGCACUAUAAGUUCAACGUAUACACAAUAAGUUACAGAUCAAUAUUAGUUUUCUUAUUCACCAAUAAACAUUAACGUUCCCAGUCGCGCUCUACGAGAGUCUGUCAAUUAUUGUCGCUUCAUUUAGAUUCAGUCAUUAAUCUUAUUUAUUAAUUUAAUUUAAUAUGUUCAGAUAUACAGAAAUAAUAAUUACUU